AUGGCCGGGCGCGGCGCGAGCCCGGCCCCGACGCCUUUCUCCAUCCAAGCGCUCCUCAACAAGAAGGAUGGAGGCGCCGCGCGGGCUGCAGCUCCCGGCCGCCCCCGCCCGCCGAUGCCCCUGCCCGGCCCCGAGGGCGCGCCCGCCUGCUGCUGGCGGCUCUUCGGCCCGGACGCCGCCCCCCUGGGCCCCGCGCCCCAGCCGCCGCCGCCGCCCCGGGAGCAGCCGCGCUCCGGCCCCGCGGCCGCCCGGCCGCCCCUCUGGGACUCGGACUCGGUCCUGAGCGAGGAGCACGACGGCGACCGGGAGGAGGACGAGCGGCAGGAGCAGGAGCAGGAGCGGGGCGGCGGGGAGAGCCACGCGCCCGCGGACGCCGGAAGGUUCCGAGAGAGGCCGCCCGGCCAGGGCAGCGCCCGAUCCCUCGCGGGAGAAGCCGGCCCAGAGCAAGGCGGCCCUCCGCCGUCCCCGCAGAGCCAGCCCCCGGGCCGAGGCUCGGGGCCGCCGACAGCAGGAGCCGGCAGCCACCCGGAGGACGGGGAGGAGGACGAGGAGGACGGCGACGAGGACGAAGAGGGCAAGCGCGGCAGCCAGGGCUCCAAAGCCCUCUCCGAGGAAGACGAGGCGCUGUCGGCGGGCGCCCCGGGCCCGAUGGCGGCCUCGGCGGCGGCGGCCCAGAAACCGCGCAAAAAGCGCUCGCGGGCGGCCUUUUCCCACGCGCAGGUCUUCGAGCUGGAGCGGCGCUUCAACCACCAGCGCUACCUCUCCGGGCCCGAGCGCGCCGACCUGGCCGCCUCGCUUAAGCUCACCGAGACGCAGGUGAAAAUCUGGUUCCAGAACCGGCGCUACAAGACGAAGCGGCGCCAGCUGGCCGCGGACCUGCUCUCCGCCGCGCCCGCGGCCAAAAAGGUGGCGGUCAAGGUGCUAGUCCGCGACGAUCAGCGGCAGUACCACCCGGGCGAGGUGCUCCGGCCGCCUCCGCUGUUCUCCUUCCAGCCCUCCUACUAUUACCCCUAUUACUGCCUGCCGGGCUGGGCCCUCUCCGCCUGUGCUGCCGCCGCCGCUGCCGGCGGGGGCAUCCAGUGA